UGCUCCACCCUUCUGCUGCGCAUGUUAAUCAAGGGCAGGUCAGGGAAUCCUAGUUCUGAGUACGCGCUUGCUGCCUGGAACUCAGUGGGGACUCAGCAAGAGAUACGACUGAGAACUAUGUCUUUUCUGCAUUGCUGUGAGGUGGACAGAAAGAGAAAGCUUUUCUCCGUCAACCUUUCUACCUGUCUUGGUACUGUAUAUGGUGUGAGGACAACUGCAUACAGCAGCCUUCAGUGAGGGACUUCGGACCUCUGCUCAAGCUUUUCUGGAGGAAUACGGACUACUUCAGGCUGCGGGAAAAUGUACUGGCGAAAUCAUGUUAGAAUUCUUUUCAUUGUGACUCUGAUCUGGCAGACCAUUCACUUAGCAAAAGGCCGUGAAAAAGAACAUGAAAAAGAUGUGAAAAAUCUCAACACUACAGCACAAAAGCAACAGCCUAAGAAUUCAGUGACAAUUAUAGAUGCUUUCAGUGACACGAAUCAGAGUUACCAAAGCAGAAAACAACCGAAUUCUAGGGAAUUUGUACCUUUCACUGGGAUUACAGAUAGUAAAAAACUGAACAGAAACUGCUGCCAAAACGGAGGGACCUGCAUCCUAGGGGCUUUCUGUGCAUGUCCAAAGCAUUUCAGUGGCCGACACUGUGAACUAAGAAAGUGCGGCAGCAUUGCCCAUGGCGACUGGAUGAUGAAGGGCUGCUGGCUGUGUCGGUGCCUCUAUGGCACUCUGAAGUGCCUCUCUCAGAACACACGAGACAGCUGUGGUAAGGAACUGAGAAGGGAAGAGGAAAUUAUCAGACUAUAUUCUAAUGGCCUAAGACUACAACAAACAAUGUUUGCACAGAUUUGCCUUCUGACCUUCCUCCUGGAGCUUUGCUGCUGGCAGUUGUGAAGCUGAACAAAAAGAUUAUGCAAGGGUUCCUGCAGCCUUUAACAUGAGUCGUACAACUUUCUUUUGUAAACUGCAGAAGACACUUGUACUUACAUUGCAAUCUGCCUCAGAUAUGUGCUAGUUAAUGAUUAAAUGCUUGGUUUAUUAUUAAUACAGAUUUUAUAAACGUGAAGUAUUUAUUAUUUUUUUAUUAUUAUAUUGCAGCUACCAGUGUCUAAUUCCAACAGUUCUUUAGUUUUAAAACAUUGUUCUUCCAGUGAAAGAACUAAAAACGAACUAUCUAUGCCUUAAGUAUUGUAAAUUACUUCGAUUUACUUUGUGCACGGUACAACUACUUUAAAUAAAUAACAGCGUUUUUCUUUGUUUCCGAA